UGUGAUUUGUUAUGAUGAGACCGCAUCAACGCGAGACUACGAUGCCUCCCCCUAAAAAAACGGCCUAGGUGAAAUUAUAUUUAUGUUGUAUGGUGAUGCGUGUUGUUGUUUUUAAACGCAGUGGAUUAGAUAAUCUCAACCAGACGAGAUUAUUAUCCACUCAGGUAUUUGUUGAGCCUCGUCCACAGAUGCUCGUCUUUGUGUGGAUGUCGAUGUAACGGGAGGAGGAUAGACGAGGGCAAGUCCAUGAUACCAUGAGUCCUCCAGCUCUGCCUGCGGUCUUCUGCUGUUGUCACAGGAAAAUCUGGUUGCAUUCAGCAGCAGGAGAUGAACACAUGGAUAUUUUCAGCCCAUGAUGACAUGGAAAUAUAAGCAUAAUGGAUAGAUACACCAACAUCAGACAGCUUGGGGACGGCACCUACGGCUCCGUGAUUCUUGGCCGUAGUCUGGAGUCAGGAGAGCUUGUUGCCAUAAAGAAAAUGAAAAGAAAGUUCUACUCCUGGGAAGAAUGCAUUAAUCUCCGUGAAGUCAAGUCCUUAAAGAAGCUCUGUCAUGCAAAUGUGAUCAAGCUUAAAGAGGUGAUUCGUGAAAAUGAUCACCUGUACUUUAUAUUCGAGUACAUGAAGGAAAAUCUAUAUCAGCUAAUGAAAGACAGAACUCGGUUGUUUCCUGAAUCUGCAGUAAGAAAUAUUAUGUUUCAGAUAUUACAGGGGCUCGCAUUCAUUCACAAACACGGGUUUUUUCACAGGGACAUCAAACCCGAGAAUCUUCUGUGCAUGGGUCCAGAGCUGGUGAAAAUAGCAGACUUCGGGCUUGUCCGUGAAAUCAGAUCUCGACCACCAUACACAGACUACGUCUCGACCAGAUGGUACAGAGCCCCAGAGGUGCUCCUCAGAUCCACAUCCUACAGCACACCCAUAGACCAGUGGGCUGUCGGCUGCAUCAUGGCAGAGCUUUACACCCUCAAGCCUCUGUUCCCAGGCUCCAGUGAAGUUGACACCAUCUUCAAGAUUUGCCAGGUUUUGGGUACACCAAAGAAGAAUGAUUGGGCAGAGGGAUUCCAGCUGGCGAGUGCAAUGAACUUCCGUUGGCCCCAGUGUGUUCCCAGUAAUUUGAAGACGCUGAUCCCAAAUGCCAGUCCUGAAGCCAUCCAUUUGAUGACAGAUCUGCUACAGUGGGAUCCUAAGAAAAGACCAUCUUCUGCCCAGGCUCUCAGGUACGCUUACUUCCAUGUGGGCCAGGCUUUGGGAACUCCUCAGCAGAUCUUGGAGCAGGGCCGCCCUCACCCGGCUCCUGUGCCACUGCAGGCCCCUCUGCAGUCUCAACAGACACUGUUGCAGCAGCAGCAGCAGCAGCAGCAUCAGCAACAACAGCAGCAGCAGCAACAGCAACAGUCCCUACUGCUGAAGCCUGUGCCUCCCUCUCAGCCUGCACCUCACAACCAACACUGCUCCAGCUCCAGCUCCAGGCCUCUCCAGCAGAUCCAGCCCUCACCUGUACCUGCAGCUCUACAGGCUGGAGCAUACCAACUGCACACAAAGCUGAUGCGACCGCAGCAGCAGCAGCAGCAGAAGCACAUCCUCAAGCAGGAACAGCCUGAAGCAGCACCGCGGAGUUAUCUCCCUUAUAUUGUAGACAAGGGUCUCCAGACCAAGCAAACGAGACAGGAGUCGGAAAAUGCCAACCUACUGAGCCAUCACCUUAAACCUAAAGGAGGGCGGCGACGAUGGGGACAUGGCGGCAGUCACCUGAAAGGCGAAGACUGGGAUGAGUAUGAAGAACCCGAUCUGACCUCCAUAGGCAUUCUGGGAAAACAUGAUUUCUCCACAGAGAAGUCAAGGCCCUGUGACGAUGUGCUGAGCAGAUACGGAAAUGUUCUUGACUUCAGUCGACCCAGUGAAAAGGAAGAUGCACCUUUAAACCUGAAUAAGAGUACAGCUUAUCAAGAGCCAUCGAGAACUGCAUCUGCUAAACAGCAUUAUCUGAGACAGUCGAGGCAUUUACCUGGCAUUAGCACAAAGAAGAACGUCGCCAUGAAUACCACUAAAUACUUCAGUGGAGGCCAUCUUUGGGGCAACAGUAGUAUUCCGUUUGGAGGGACUCUGCCCAGCCGAGGUGCUCACGGUACAAAUGUGAUCCCAAGUGUAUACGUGCCAUCGUUUUACAAAAAAGACAUCGGAUCUGCAGGUCACAGAGGUCAUCAGGGUCCUUCAGUGGAACGAACAGCAUCAAAUUAUGCAACAUGGCGGUCUGGCCGGAGUCAGACAAACACCUCCAGCAACAUGCCAUUGGCCAAUGAGGGCACUCCAGAUCUGCUGCCUCGCUUACCAGCGCAGACCAUCCAUGGGCGAACAGACUGGUCUGCCAAAUAUGGACACCGCUAGUUGCCUCUGUGGAGCUCUUAUCUGUGCACCUGUGGACUGUCUGUAAAAAUGGACAUAAAGUCUUCCAGUAAAAUUAAAUUCCAGUAUGAAGCUCAAAAUGUGGGUACCUAUUGGACAGUACUAUUUGUCAGUCACUUUUCCUUGAAAUUGGAGUAUGAUUUAAAAGAAAAGUGACAUUGCCAUCUUUGAAAAUUACCUGAAAUUAGCAAUUGAGACCAAUAACCUACUAGGAAAAUUUAUAAAUCCUUUUAUAUAUAUCCAGUGAAAAGUCAGCUUAUCUUUCUACAAACGUCCUCUGCGUCACUUUUUUACUGGAAAUACUUAAUCCAUUUCUAUAAACAGUCUUUUAAAUGUGUGCACUGAAAGAGAAAUCUGUGUUCCUCAGAACUCUUUUCAUCCCCCCCUCCCCCAAAGAGUAGGCCUAGUUGUUUUAUAAUCUAAAAAAUCUGUAACCUACAUCUUACACAGCAAUAAACCUUUGUUUAAUGACGUGUACUAUAGAUGUCGUGAGUUGUCGUACGGCUAAAUUCAAAAACGGCCACGAUUUGAGCCCAGAUUUGCUCCUGUGUUUUUUUUUCUAUUUCUGUCUGUAAAUAAAUAAACGACUGUCCCGCAGGUCACAGCUGAACCAGUUCACUUCAGAUAUAUUGUUGUUGAAUGCUGUUCACCAAACUGUACAUGAUAUGCAUAUAUUAUAACUUAAAGAAAUCGCCACUGUGACUUGUGUUUGGCUAUUUAAGUUGCCUCUGUACAGUUUUUUUACAUUCCUGCUGUAUUUGUGUGUUUUGUUUUUUUAAAUGGUCACCUUGUUUACCAUUAUCUGUGCAUUUUUGUUUUAAAUGCAACUCAAGGCAGUUUUGUAACUCCAGUCACAUUUUUUGGGCACAUUAUAUACAAUUUAUUUUGCAUUCAACCAUGAAAUAAUCCAUGUUUUCGCAUUCUAUACUCUUGGCCAAAUGAAGUCGGAUUAAAGGCAGUGAUUGAGUUCAA